UUCAUACAAAGACAUGAUAAAAAAACUUUAUUUUCUUGUUAAAAAGAAAAAAGUUUGGUCGCAGUAGUCAAAGUUUACAGGUCACCCGCCCAAUCCUGAGCUCAUCGCAACUUGCUUGUACUGUAUUGUAGCUACAAAUAGUAGAGAAGCAGAGAUUGCUUUCCUCGCCCUUUCUGCAGCUGCUCAAUCGGCCGUCAACCGCCUCUCCUCAUAUACAAUCAAUAUUCUCAUUUUGCGAUGGAGAACGGAAAUUCCAGAGAGGUUGUUGUUUCAGCUCUCCAAUUCGCUUGCACCGAUGAUCUCUCCACCAAUCUCGCCACCGCCGAAAGGCUGGUUAGAGCUGCUCAUGCGCAAGGUGCGAAUAUCAUUCUCAUUCAGGAACUAUUUGAAGGAUAUUACUUCUGUCAAGCACAGAGAGAGGAUUUUUUUCAGCGAGCUAAGCCUUAUAAGGGCCACCCUACAAUUUCGAGGAUGCAAAAACUGGCGAAAGAACUGGAUGUGGUUAUACCAGUCAGCUUCUUUGAAGAGGCAAAUAAUGCCCAUUACAAUUCAAUAGCCAUAAUUGAUACUGAUGGGACUGACCUUGGACUCUAUAGAAAGUCUCACAUUCCGGAUGGUCCAGGUUACCAGGAAAAGUUCUACUUUAAUCCCGGUGACACUGGCUUCAAGGUUUUCCAAACUAAAUUUGCUAAAAUUGGAGUUGCAAUAUGUUGGGACCAGUGGUUCCCGGAGGCAGCCCGAGCUAUGGUUCUGCAAGGUGCAGAAAUAUUAUUGUACCCAACAGCUAUUGGUUCUGAACCUCAAGAUAUGGGGCUUGAUUCCCAUGAUCACUGGAAGCGAGUGAUGCAGGGCCAUGCUGGGGCUAAUCUGGUACCUCUAGUAGCAUCAAACCGCAUUGGAACAGAAAUAAUCCAAACAGAGCAUGGAGAUAGCAAGAUCACAUUUUAUGGAAACUCAUUUAUAGCAGGACCAACUGGGGAAAUAGUUGCAGCUGCUGAUGACAAAAAGGAAGCUGUUCUUCUUGCUAAAUUUGAUCUAGAUAAAAUCAAAACCAAGCGACAUAGCUGGGGGGUAUUCCGUGAUCGACGUCCUGAUCUUUACAGGGUUCUUUUGACAUUAGAUGGCCAUAUUCCAUCUCAGUGAUCUUGUGCUGCUUAUUCCAAUUGUACUUUGUUGUAGAGGUAACUUGUGAACUUUCUAAAACAUAUUCCUAAACAAUAAAUUAUAUCUGUAGAAUGAUGGAAAGAAAAGAUCAUAAGUGUUUGAAGGAAGAUCAAUGAGAAUUUUAACCUGAGGCCUGUUUUAUGGUCUAUAAA